CGGCGCGUAGCGCUCCCCGCGCACGACCGUGCGUGACCUCAGGUGCCAAUUCUCGGCCGACCAUCUGCCGACCAGGUGCUGCCCCGCGCUGUGGCUACCGCGCUGUGCCGUGUACAAAGCAAGUCGAGCUCUGCGCCUGGGUCUGGAGUAGGGCCGAGCGCUGCACACGACGAUGCCGUGGACGUGUGACCUGUGGGAACGAGCCGUGAGGCGCCGGUAGCAUGAGGAUGCUAUGCCUCCUCACGUGCGCCGUCGCAGCCGCCGCAGCUCGGAACACCCGCGGUGCGCGGUCCACCAAAGGAGGACAGAACGUCCGUAGGCAGCGCCGGCCGUCGCUCGUCGCCAUCGAGCACGCGUAUAAUCUAAGCAAGGCGUCCGCGGGCCGGGAAGCCAUUGAUGAAGCGGUGCUGUUCGUCGCGAACGAAGAGCGCGCCGGCUCGACGCUCGGCGCGCGCGCCGCAAACGAGGUCGCCCGACUCCUGCGGGCAAAGCAGACGGCGCCCGGCGCCGACGAGGUCGCGCCGCUGCUCCGACCGGGCCGCGAAGUCUGCGCGGUGACGAAAAAAACGUUGCGGGAGGACGGCGUGUACUUGUACCGAGGCGACGACGCAGUAGUACCGUAUGCGCACGACUGCUGGAUCCUGCGCGCGCGGUACCACACCGCGCCCGGCUGCGAACCGAAGACGGCGGGAGUUGGCCGCGCCGCUGGCGCACCGCCGGUCUGGGCCUGGCACUGGACCGUGCGAGACGCCGCCCAGGGCAAGUGCUCCUUGCCGGAUACGCGCGACCCCGCGCUCGCCGCAGCGAGCUACCUCCGCCUCACGAACAGGCGACCGCGGUCCGGCAGGAAGCUCACGCUCGUCUUGCUUGGUUUGUCGUACAUGGGCCAGCCCUUCAUCUCCCUGGGCUGCAAGGCCGCGCGGUACCUGGACGGCGGCGCGUCGAAGGUCCGCACGCGCAUCAAAACAGCGCAAGAGGAGCCCCAGUGGCGUCCGAUACAUACGGUGCGAUCCGAACCCAACGCGACGCGACCGGCGGUGUGCACCGGCUUUGUUCGACACGACGUGGCGAACUGGUACCCCUCUCCGACCCACAAUAAACAACCACCGCCCGUGCAACGGCCGCUCACCUGUACCGCGCUGUGUGGAAAUCAACCCGUGAGCCAGAUGACUCACCGUUCAACACAGGCACCGCGGACGGCGGCAUCUACGAAUUUCCAGGGGAUCCAGGUCUGCGAGUGUGCUACAAAUAUCAAUUUGGGAAAAUAAGCGAUCAGGGCCUGAAGGCGCCCUGUGGGAUAGCCCUGAAGAACGUGGACAUCCUGUUGACGUACCGGUCGAAGAGCGAAGCCCUCAAGUCCUCCGCGCUCCUCCGCGCGGAGCAGAUCCAGGGGCUGCACGUGGAAUCCGUCGACGGCGUCUACCAAGACGCGCUCGUUUCUCAGCUCAAGAACGCGUUCCGGCGGAAGAACCUGGCGCCCCCCACGCGCGACUAUCCGCGCGCCACGCCUCAGAAAUGCGCCGCGCACGACGUGCACUUCGCCCAGCCCGGCGUGCCGGACUACGCCGUCGACGCGUGGCUCGCCUGGUUGGCUUCUGGUUUGAGAGCUGGGUAACAAACGACCGGACCUUCAAGCUGCAAGCAGUGGGGAGGUUCACGAGGAUGCGUCGAGUUGUACUCUAGGCAUGUGGUGCAUGUGCAGACGGAGAGAGAUGGUGGGACGUGGGGUACCGGGUGUCGCCCGUCGUCAAAGUCCAAAAUUAAUAAUGGAGAGAGAGAG